AUGACUGUUCACAGAUCAAAGAAUUUACCGCCUUGUGUCAUUUGUGCUCCAGCAGCAACAUAUCCAGGAGUUCGAAAGGUGUCUUCCACGAACAGUCUCACCAGCCAAAUCAUGAACGACUCCAUUGCAGUUACACGCAGCGUCCUUGAUCACACCGAUAGCUUCAAGCACGCAAUGAAUAACAAGGGAAUCAUGCUAUCUCCCAAGUUCUCUGAGAUAAUUGCAGGCAAGGAAUCGUCACGAGGGCAAGAAGACCUGAAACUGCGGCUGUCGCGAGCGUUUGAUUUGCCAUGGAGUGACAUAAUUGCUAGUCCCAGAGCGGAAGACCUCAAGUCAUCAGAUGCUUCAAGCUCAAUCGGGCUGCAGAACAUAGCCAAGAGACUGUCCGUGGAGCGAACCAAUUCGAGCUUGGAGACCUUUGAUGCAAGCAUUGUUGUGAGCGACAUCGAAGGAGAGACGUCGGUGGAUCGGCUGAAGCGGCAGAUAGAGCUGGACAGGAAAUGCAUGAGUGCUCUGUACAAAGAACUGGAGGAAGAGAGAAGCGCUUCGACGAUCGCAGCAAACGAAGCGAUGGCCAUGAUCAACAGGCUGCAGGAGGAGAAGGCAGCGAUGCAGAUGGAGGCGUUUCAGUACCUGCGCAUGAUGGAAGAGCAAGCUGAGUACGACCAAGAAGCGAUUCACAAACUCAAUGACGUGAUCAACGAGCGAGAUAAGGAAUUGCUGGACUUGGAAACGGAGUUCGAGAGAUACAGAAGGCGGCACAGAGGAGCAGAACCGGAAGAGAAGAGAACGGUGUCAGUAGGUGAUUUAGAGUCAACAGGGCUCAGUCCUGCCACCACCCCUCGUUUCAUGGAGUCAAGAGAGCUUCUUAGUCCUGCAAGCACCCGUCGCCGUACGAGAUCACUAUACCGCAGUAUGUCCGAGAAGAUCGACAUGAUUCCCCAGGAAGGUGAUGGCCAUGGAGCGAAAGAUCUGGAGUUGGGUUUCGAAGAGGAGAAGGUUCAUAUUUUAGCAUGCUUGAGAAGGUUACAGAACAAGUUUUCUAUGUUACCUACUGAUAAAGUUAGAGCAGAUGAUACCAUAGUUGAUGUGAAUCUAGAAAAUAGCCACAGUGGAGUUGAGGUUUUACCUGAUAAUGGCUCGUCUCCAUCUAGAACACACUCCAAUGUCGAAGCGAGUACCACCAUGGACAAUCAAUUCUCAGCUGACCAACAUGAUACUUCUGAUGCUUGCAGAGACAUGAACUCUGUACAAGAAGAAGUUGCAAAGUUGAUCAAAAGAGUGGUGGAACUGGAUGCAGAUAGAGAGUUCAUUGGGCACACUAUGAAUGCAUUGAACUAUGGAAAUGAUGGAGUUCUGCUGGUUCAGGAAAUAGCAUGCCAGCUAAAGGAAUUAAGAAGAAUUCCCCUGGCAGCAAAAGAACCUAAUGUUGCUUGA